AUGACAACUGCACCAUUGCCGCAAUCGUCUAGCGCUAACUUUGCUGCACAGCUGCCGAUCGAGCUGCGGCUUCGCUUUUUAGAAGAAGAACAAGCAUUAGAAAGAAGACAUCUAAUACAAAGGUACCAGCUACUGAUGGAAGAUGCUAGGACCGUCCCACCUCCCGUUGGACCACAGCAAACAAAUACAGCUUCCGCAUCGUUUAUUCAGCAGCCUUCUUUGUCGGUUCGUCAGCCACAAAUGCCGACCGUUGGAUUCGCUACUUCAACUAUUUCAAACCCACCAUACCAUUCAACGCCGGUGCACAGUGUGCAUGAAACCAACAGGCAUAUGCGUACCAACUUACCGUUUCAACAGUUACCCGUAUAUCAACCUAGCAUGGAUCCACUAUCAGCCAUAGGACUGAGGAACGAGUUUGCAGUGCUGAACAGAAGUCACAUAGCCGCCCGCCAAGCUGUGCCGAAGGACCUACCAGAGUUCAACGGCGACCCGGAACAAUGGCCGUUGUUUAGUGCUACCUUUGACAGCACGACUCGUAUCUGCGGGUUUACUCCUGAGGAGAACAUGAUACGCUUACAAAAAUGCCUCAAAGGUAAGGCACUAGAAGCUGUAAGGUGUCAACUUCUACAUCCGGGGAAUCUUGAAAAUGUCCUGGCAACGCUAAAAAUGCUGUAUGGCCGGCCAGAAAUCAUUGUACACGCACUGAUCCAAAAGAUUCAGUCUUUGCCGGCACCAAAAUCUGAUCGACUCAACACCCUCAUUGACUUUUCAAUUGCUGUGAGAAACAUGGUAGCCACAGUGCAGAAUUUCGGGUUAGAAGAGCACCUUUGCAACAUUUCGUUGCUACAGAGUCUUGUGGACCGACUACCACCUAUGAUCCGGCUUAAUUGGGCAACUCAUCGCCAGGGUUUGCAUCGAGUUACUCUUACUCAAUUCAGUGAUUGGUUAUACAACCUUGCCGAAGCAGCCAGUUCGGUGACGAUUCCUCCGGUUCUUAACUGGCCUGAUAAACAGCGCAACGUACGCAAGGACGACGGUUUCUUGAAUGCCCAUGCUGAAACUUCUGCGAAGCCAUGCGAGGAUACAGCUUCUACGACAUGGCGAAGAUGCUUAGUGUGCCAAGGAGAAUGUGAAACAGUAGAUGAAUGCCAGAAGUUCUUGCAACUAGACCAUGCAUCUCGUUGGAAUGCUCUACGUGAGAUCAAACUUUGUCGGUGCUGCCUUGGAAAGCAUUUCGGACCCUGUAAGUCUACAAAGGUUUGUGGAAAAAAUGGUUGUUCGUUUAGGCACCACCAGUUGCUGCAUAAUACUGCCAAGGACAAACGUGUUGAAGUCGCACAGGACCAAAACGCCGAAAACAACUCGGCCGUCCGAGGUUCAACCGAACAUGCGUGUAACACUCACAGAGGAAACCACAAGUCGGUAUAUUUCCAAUACAUUCCAGUCGUCCUCCAUAAUCAAGGAAAGAAAAUUAGCACAUACGCAUUCCUAGAUUGUGGAUCAUCAUUGACAUUGAUCGAAGAUGGUCUUGCUUCCGAAUUGCACCUAAAAGGAGAGAAAUAUCCAUUGUGCCUGCGUUGGACUGCCGAUACGUGCCGGUAUGAGGACUCAGCGACGAUUGUCACAUUGGAUAUUUCCGGAUCACGCGAAACAACUGUUAAGCAUCGACUCGAUGAAGUGUAUACUGUCAAGGACCUGAAACUGCCGGUACAAUCGCUAUCGUUUGAAGAGUUGUCCGCCAAGUAUGCGUAUCUUCAAGGAUUACCCGUUGAUUCUUACGCGAAUGUACAGCCACGCAUUCUAAUUGGCAUGAACAAUGUCCGCCUUGUACAUCCCCUGGCAGGCCGUGAAGGUAAAAAACAUGAGCCUGUAGCAGCAAGGACCAGAUUAGGGUGGAUGAUCUUUGGAACAUGGCCCGUACAAAAUGCCUUAGCAACUGCAGCCUUCCCACACAGCUUCCACGUCUGUCACCACUCGGCCUCCAGCGAUAUAGAACUCAAUUCAGUAGUUAAGGACUACUUUGCCUUAGACAACAUGGGGAUUGUGAGGCCGCAAAAGGCGAUGUUGUCGACAGAAGAUGAGAGGGCGUUUAAAUUGAUGCAGACGUCCACAAAACUUGAUGCCGGUAGAUACCACACAUCAUUACUGUGGAAAUACGACGACAUUCGGCUUCCAAACAACAAGUCGAUGGCGUUAAGACGUCACAACUGCCUGAUGAAGCGAUUGCAACGUGAACCACUGCUGGCUGCAGCGAUUAAAUCAAAGAUGGACGACUAUUUGCAAAAGGGCUAUAUUCGUGAACUUUCGACCGAAGAAAUUCAGGAACCCAGGAAUAGAGUUUGGUAUUUGCCGAUAUUUCCUGUAUUUAACCCGAAUAAGCCGAAUAAGGUCCGAAUAGUUUGGGAUGCGGCAGCAACUGUAGGCGAUAUCUCACUCAAUUCCGUCCUUCUAAAAGGUCCAGAUCUUCUGAACGAUUUACCUUCGGUGCUGUAUCGAUUUCGGGAAAGGCCAGUCGCUGUCUCUGGUGACAUCGCUGAAAUGUUUCUUCGCAUAAAAAUGAACGAGUCAGAUCAACACUGCCAACGCAUUUUUUGGUGUCACGACGACGGAACUACUGCCGAAUACGCGGUUACGGUGAUGACCUUUGGCGCCAAGUGUUCGCCAAGUUGCGCCCAGUAUGUUAUCAACCAAAAUGCAAGCAGAUUCGAAUCGCAGUUUCCGGAAGCCGUAGAAGUUAUUCAAAAGGGCCACUACGUGGACGAUAUGUUGGCAAGUGUCGACAGCGAAGAAGAAGCCAUCAAGCUGGCAAAAGAUGUCCGUUUCAUACAUGAGCAAGGCGGCUUCACUAUGCGAAACUGGAUAUCAAAUUCUUCAGCCGUCGUCCAAGAACUUGGUGAAACAGGAUCAGCUGAGAAAAGCUUAGGCGCUGACAAAGACGUGGUUCUAGAAAAAGUUCUGGGUAUAUGGUGGGAUACUAGGACAGACACGUUCCGCUUCAAACUUUGCAUUGAACGACACCAGGAAUUACUUUCUGGCGAAAAACAUCCCACAAAAAGAGACAUUCUACGUGUCAUGAUGUCGGUCUACGAUCCUCUCGGAUUAUUGUCGCACUACAUGGUAUAUUUGAAGCUGCUGUUCCAGGAGAUUUGGAGGGAAGGAACACAAUGGGAUGAACUAGUUGGGGAAAACCAACUGCAAAAGUGGAAGUACUGGUUGCGACUGCUGUCUGACGCCGAAUCUGCGCGCAUUCCGCGUUGCUAUGAUUUGUCGCCUUCGUUGGGAGCUGAUAGAAUGGUAGAGCUGCAUACCUUUGUAGAUGCCAGCGAACUUGGUUAUGCGGCAGUUUGUUACUUCCGGUUCGUUGAAGGAGAUCGAAUAUCCUGUUCCUUAGUGGCUUCGAAAGCUAAAGUGGCGCCUCUAAAAUUCGUGUCAAUUCCCCGCCUAGAACUCCAAGCGGCUGUUCUGGGGACUCGGUUAGCUAAAUGUAUUGAGCAAGGACACUCGAUUCAUAUCGCACGACGCUUUUUUUGGACGGACGCCCGUGAUGUGAUUUUCUGGCUUAGAUCAGACCACCGGAAGUAUUCCCAGUUCGUCGCCUUUCGUGUCGGGGAAAUAUUGGAAACCUCCGAUAUCACAGAAUGGAAUUGGAUUCAAGGAAAGGACAAUGUUGCUGAUGAAGGCACGAAGUGGGAUGGACUACCGAGUUUCGAUGCCGAAUGUAGGUGGUUUUCUGGACCGCCUUUCUUGACAAAGCCAAUGGACGAAUGGCAAGCAUCCCCAUUAAAUGGAAGUACCAUGGAAGAGCUUCGUCCGAGGGUAUUGCAUCACAGCGUCGAAGUAGCAGACAAGAUCUUAGAUCCUGAAAACUACUCAAGUUGGAUCCGUUUACUGCGACACACUGCGUGGGUGCUUCGAUUCCCUGCCAACAUUGUACGGAAAAUGAAAGGUGGACAACUUCUUCGAGGGCCGUUGACUAGCGAGGAAAUGAUGACGGCAGAAUGUCUUUUGCACAGAAGAGCUCAAGUGGAUGGUUACAUACACGAAAUGGAAACGUUGAUCGGUAAGAAGAUCCUGAAGAAGACCAGCCCACUGUACAAAACCAAUCCCUACAUUGAUGACCAUGGUGUGAUGCGAAUACGGAGUCGCAUCGAUGUUUGCGACUUUGCCGACAAGGACACGCAAUUUCCAAUCGUCUUACCGCGAGGCCACCCUCUUACUAGGUUGGUACUGCAACACGUGCACGAGAAAUUCCACCACACCGGCAAUGAAACCUUUGUGAACGAGUCUCGACGCCCUCUACCAGUUGUCAGAAUGGAUGCCCCCCGAAGAAAAAGGCUGGAGCUGGACAUGGCGAAAAAGGCAUCACGAGAUUCCGCAAUGCUAUGGGCCCAACAGAAAGGGGAGAUUCGAAAGAAAGACAAUAAAGCGGAGAAAAAUCGCGGUCGUUUCAGCUUACAUGGCCGCAAAGCGCUCAGCUGUAUGGGGAAAGCGGAGUGA